CGACAAUAGUUGAACGGCCUUUUCAAAGGGAUAGCAUGGAUACUACCGAUAUUGUGGUGCCCCCUAGACCUAAUAGUUCUCAUGGACGAGUUCCCCCUCGACAUCAUAUCACAGUGCGACGAAAGCCCGGUGCCGCACGUCCUUCCGCGAAGCUUGACGCCGUAUCUACAGUUGUCGGCCUGUCUGGAGGAGAGAGGGGGAAGUGGCAGCUACCCGUCGCGAUUGGAGUACCUGAAUCCCCGGGGAAUCAUCGACAUCCUUUUUUUCCAGCCCCGGGCAGUGUCUGAAGACGAGGCGAUAGCAGUAGAGGAGGAAGAAGAAGAGGACGAGGAGGAAGAAACCCCGGACGAAGGGAGUUAUAGCGAGCACAACGAGGAGGAGCCAAGCGGAGAAGAAGAAGAAGAAGAAGAAGAUGAGGAGGAGAAAGAGGAAGGAUUUGAGUGGGAAAGUCUGGGUGAGGAGGCGGACCGCGCAGAGGUCCAGGAAGAAGAUCCCGAGGUGGUAGCGCGACGGAGAGAAGAAAUCGCGGCCGGGAAGCAGCUGCUGGAGUACGUGAGCGGCUCGGAUCUACCAAUCCCAUACGAUCCGACCAAGGACCCCGAGCCACCCAGGAUCGACGAUGGGGACCCUGCUGCCGAGACUUCGAGCGCACUGGCACGGAGACGAUGAAGCCGAUCCCCCUCCCCCUCCACCCGUCCCCCAGUUCGUACACGUACCAAUGCGGGGCAUCGGGCUUCG